AUGCGGUCGUCAGCAUUCAUCUCGGCGCUCCUAGCGUCAUGGGUUGUUCCUUCAUCCGCGCUAUACUUCUAUUUGGAUGGAUCGAAUCCCAAGUGUUUCUUCGAGGAGCUACCGAAGGACACAUUGGUUGUUGGACACUACAGAGCUGAAGAGUAUAAAGGCGAUGGAAGCGGAUACCAACCCAGUCACGGCGUCAACAUUCACAUUUCCGUCGAGGAAACAUUCGACCACGACCACCGCGUCAUUAACCAAAAGGGCGCAGGCUCCGGUCGAUUCACAUUCACAGCUGCAGAUGCCGGCGAACACCGAAUCUGCUUCACAGCAUCAGCAAACGGGGCGAACCCCGGUUGGUUCUCAACAGGCGAUCACUUGGGAGGUACCAAGUUGCAUUUGGAUCUAGCCAUCGGCGAAACGAGCGAAAUCGAGAGUCGUGAUAAGGACAAGAUUAACGAUAUUGUUCAGCGGGUGAAGGAUUUGAAUAGUCGCUUGGGAGAUAUUAGACGUGAGCAGGUUUUUCAGAGGGAACGAGAAGCGGAGUUCAGAGAUCAGAGCGAACUUGUCAAUUCGAAUAUCACGAAAUACUGUAUUCUCCAACUGGUGGUAUUGGGUGCGACAUGUGCAUGGCAGUUAUCACAUCUUAGAGCUUUCUUUAUCAAGCAGAAGCUUACCUAA